AUGGCCGGCGACGAGGUGCUCCCCUGGAACGUGUCGCGGUGCAACCGGCUGCUGCGGCCGCUGUCGUCGAAGCUUGCGAAGCUGCGCAAGGCGCUCGAGCUGCCGCGGACGGCGCACCAGGAACCGCGCACGACGUCCUCGGCGUUUGCGACCAAGGCGACGCCGCAGAAAACGACCAACUUCACACGCCCGGCGCACAAGCCCCGCAGCUUCGACAAGGCGCGCGACCCGGACUGGAGGCCCGGCGCCAACAAGGGCGCGAGGAAGACGUAUGGCGGGCGCAAGGCGAAGAGACUGGCCGCGCCGAUGACGUGCAAUGUGGGCGCCGACCGUGGUGCGCGGCCGGGCGAGAUUGCCUUCACGCCGCUCAUUGCGCGCAUGGGCGGCCGGAUGCUGGACAGUCCGCUCACGCCGGACUCGCCACUGAGGAGACACACCAAGAACCGCGGCCCCCUCGUGGCGACGCUCGAUCGCGCCGAGAGGUUUGGGCCGCAGGUGCCGGCGGACGUGAAGAAGCUGGUCGUGGGCAUGCUGGAGGCCUACGCCAACAUCCUGCACGCAACACACGAGAAGAGGAGCAGGAAAGGGACCGGCUCGCUGAUGAGCGCAUGCCUGAAGAAGCUCCCAGCGUACAUCGAGCUCGAGGAGCAUUUCGCCCAAAUCGACCACCUGGAACACGAGGACGAGUCGGACGGCCAGGAUGUUGCGACCGAGAUCUACGAAGACCUGGAGACCCGCUUCGAGCAGCGACGGGGACAAGGCUGGCGGCCCUUCAAGUACGUGGUACGCGCGCAUGCCACGUCAUUGCUUUGCAGCGCAAUAGAAGACGAGAUACUGGGCUUGGAGAGCCUGGGGUACUUCCACAGCCACUGCCUGGCUGUGGGUGCAUACGACGAGGCUGAGGAGAUGCUUGUGGCCGCCCUGCCCUUGCUCGAGCCGCUGUCCAUUCCUCUGAAUGUACAAGCGGAUCUUUUUGGCGACAACCAAGUCUAUCUGUCGACUGCCAAAUCCUUCGUGGACCGCACCGGUCGUCACCGCUUCCUCUACGACCUCCUCGAGCACAUGGUUGCACACGAGCUGCUGCCUCUGGAGUGGCUGGCAACAAUUCGCAUGCGCCCCAUCUGGGACCGACUGGUGCGCACCAUCACAGAAGGAGACCAGCGUACGUUGCCAGCUUGUUCGCGCUUCCUCGAGACGUGCAUGCUUACUGGCAUGGGUCUGCCAGACGAGCGUCUUCUUGCGGACAAAGUCACGGGAGCGACUGCCCGGCGCUUUGUGCCGUCUUCGAGAGAGGGUCUACGCCAGGCUCUGAACACGACUUUCUUGAGUCUCCUCACGGUGCUGUGCAGCAUUGCUCUUGUCAACGGCCGCCGUGAGGAUGGCGCCGGUGAAAUUAUUGCGCGGCGAGUUACACACACACUGGACGCUAUCACCAUCGCCCUUACAACUCGGUCUGAUGUCGAGACUGAGCUGAGGCUGCUGGAUGCGGACUCGGAUGACCUGCAGAUCUUCGGGCAGCGCGCCUGCUGGACCGUCUUCUGCUCCUUCUUAGUACAUCUCGACGCCUGUGACGCGUCCUCUGGUCUCAUUGACCCGUCUACUUCCACACUGAUUCACCAGAUGAGCUCCGUCAUGCGGCAAUACUCAGCGAACGGCGUCAACUCCUCAACUGUUCUAGCCACCCUCCCCCUGCUCAUCUCAGCAAUAGCACGCGGCACCGGCCGCAUCUGGCACGACUCCGGCUUCGUCGAAUUCCAGCGUCUGAUCCAAGCAAUGACAGGCCUCACCGGUCACCGCCUGCCCCACAAGCUCUGGACGCUGAAGCGCAUAGCCCUCGAGUCCGCCACCGAAUUCGCCAACGACACCGACGAGCGCGAACACCUCAAGUACGCGAACGAGGUUGAGAGGCAAAUGCGCACCUCAGGCCGCCUGGUCAUCAUGCUCACACCACGCAAGACCGACACACCGUCCAGCGCCGCCAGCGGCGGGGGAUUCAGAUGGGAAGACGGCAUCGGCGAAUGGGUCGCCUGCACGCCAUUCCCCAAAGCGCACGCACGACCGAACCAACGCCCAAUCCGCGCACUGACACUGCUCCCCACUCCAGCGCAAUCCUCCGCUUCCGACUCAGACGACGAAGAGGACUGCGUCCAAGACUCAGACCACGACAGCGCCUCCUCGCCCACUAAACGCCCCCACUCCACCGCGCUGCGCAAACGCAAACGCACACGCGCAUCCUCCCCCGUCGUCCUGAUCCGCGCGAAACCGUCACACAUCACACCGCCGCUCUCGCCGGUCGCGUUCUAUCCGCAUCUCCCCAAGGAGACGUCCGUGGAGGGCGAGAGGCAGGGCGAGAGGAGGCUGCGGCGCAGCACGACGCAGAUCAAGCGCUUGCGGCUCACGCUCGGAGCGCGACGGAGCAGCGGCGGGGCGAGGGGGCUGCGGGAUGUGCCGCGGGUGAGGUAUGAUGGGGCCAGUGAUGGGCUGGGGGAGAGUGAGGAUGAGCUGAGUUUUGGGUUUUGA